AUGGUUGUUUUUGGUGUAGUUGGUGGUGGUGAUUUUGUGCUGAGAGUGAGAAAAUCAAUUGUAUGGAUCGAAGACACUGGGACUGUACCAUUUGGACAAUUGAAAGACAAGUUGAAUCAUAAUAAGUUGUCCAGAGUAGAGUAUAUACGAAUCUUUGACUUGGAGGGGUGUAUUGAUACAUUGGAAGAAUUACAAAAUCGUGAUGAUUGUGUAUUGAUUCUAAGUAAUUUAGGUGGGAUGUCAAAGAAUCAAAGUGAGAAUGAUGAAUUGGAAGGGAAUUAUCUUGUUAAUGAAGUGAUGAUGAAGUUGAGAAGGAGAACAAGUGAUUGUUAUAUUGUAUUCCAAUCAUCUGGUAUGUUGGAAUACUUUGUAGAUGAAAUAGUGAAUGUAUGA